CACAUCAUCACCGAAUUAUAAACGUUAACAUACGUAAACGUUACGUGGGCAAUAAUCACCGAGAGAGCUCUUAUUGUUUACAAAUCCAGAGCGUGCAGUGUGCGUCCCAAGAACGUGGGGACGUUACCAAUCGAAUAAAAAAAGCUGAGAACAAGUGCUGGAGCCAGAAGAAUAUAAAAUUUACAGCCGGAAAAAAUGUGGAGCUCGGUGACUUCUGCUGGAACGGAAAACGGUCCAGCGCCGCCUUCGAGAAGUAAACACAGUGCGACGUUACUUGGAGGUCAUGUUUAUCUUCUAGGAGGCCGCAAUGGAAAUCUCCCACUCAAAGAUCUCUGGAGGUAUAGCCUAGAUUCCCACAUACAAGCACCAAUACUCGGAUCAGGACUUAACUUAUAUGUACUCAAUGAUCAGAUGAGAACUGCUGUUGAAUACCCUCGAGCAAACACAUCUCAUUCGGAUUCUCGUUAUCACGCUGAAAGUCGAUGGGAAGAGCUACACCCGAGUGGAGAGCGUCCUCCAGCGCUUCAGGAACACAGCGCAGUUGCCUACAAGGAUUGUUUAUACGUUUUCGGAGGCGAGCUCGGGUUCUCCGCGGGUACUGAAACUCCGCUAUGGGUUUACACAGUCAAGACAAACUCGUGGAGAAAAAUACGAGCUCAGAGAGGGUGUGCGGUACCCAGAGGACGAAGAGGCCACACGGCACUGGUACAUCGAGGACAGAUGUUAAUCUACGGCGGAUAUCAAGAUCUGCGUGGUAGUUCCCCGGAAUUGUGGGCGUUUCAUUUUGAAACAGAAUCUUGGCACUUGUUAUCUUCAAGUGAAUGCGGUCCAGCCCCGCGUCAUAAACACUCAGCAGUUUUACACUGCGACGCGAUGUUUAUCUACGGGGGUAUGACAGAUCUACAGGAAAGGAAUGACUGCUGGAAGUGGGACGUUAAGUCAGCAACGUGGAGUUUGCUUAAAAGUAAACCAGGACCCGGAGCACUCCACGGUCACGCAGCUUGUCGACUGCCCAGUUGUAUGUUAAUUUUUGGGGGUGAAAGCAACGGAUCGGCCACUAAUGAUCUUUGGCGGUUUCAUUUUGCGACUGAAACUUGGGAGAGAUUGACCGUGCCAGGUCCGAAGCCUCAACCCAGGGCAGAAAGUGUCGCUCUGGCUGUUUCCGAGCUAGUUAUAAAAGGGAGUGGCGUGCAAGACAACCGGACAAGACUACGGAGUAAUAAAACAAGAUUUUCUCUUUCCAGCAGUGGAGGUAAUCGGGUAUCGCCGUGUGAAGCUCCCACGAGACCUAGUUUUCUCAAAGAAAUAUCAAAACUUUCGCAGAUAAAUCUCUCGAGACUGAGCCAUCCAAACAAAUGCAGCUACUCGGUAUUGAGCGGACAAGAAGAUACUGAAGAAUGCCCACAAGAUGUUAACUCGUACUAUCCGUUCCAGCAAGUUGACUCGGAGCUGGUUGAGCCGUCGAGUGGGAUGGUGAAAUCACGAAGCGCGAAUGCGUUGGCUCGACGAAGACACCGUACUUUAGCCGAGGCAAAUAAUAGAUGCAGCUUUGAAAGUUCUUCUUAUGAAGCUAAAAGUGCCCGCAUGACUCGUGAACCUAUUUCCGUGCCAAACUUUCGGGCUCUGACUCUACCCACGCCUGUUCUCACCCCCGUGGAGGCUGCGAGACUUGUUUUUGUAGAUCCCGACGAGGACAGUGAUGACGACCGCAAAGGAUUAGCGACGACGCGGCUUAUUGAUGUCGCGGAAGAAAAAGCAGACUUUGAAACUCUUCAUCAAGCUUGCCAGCCUACGCGUGGCGAAAGUUAUAGUUCUCACUUGUACGAAGCUGUCCAGAGUCCCAAGACACCUUGUGCGACUAAAAUUCCUACAUCGGCGUCUGUACGGUUCGCGGAUUUAGAAGAGGGUGAAGAAUCAACCUCGGAUUAUGCGAGUAUAGAGGCCAGGAGUCCUGGAGAUCCGUUGGCCGAUGACGACUGGCCUGAUAGGAAAAAGUCCAAGCAACGCGCUCCGACGAUACGAGAAGGUCAGUUUGGAUUUUGCAAUCCUAAUUAUUUAGGGUUAGAGACUAAUGACGACAAGUUUGCUAAGCUACUUAAUAGUCCGCCUGACAGCGUUCUUGAGGAUGCUUCAGGUAGAUCAGCAUCUCAGACUUUCGCGGAACUACUCGAGCUCCAAGAAGUAAAACCUCGGGCCCCUCCCAAGAGUUUGGCGCUUGGUUCCCCGUCCAGGAGAGCUGUCAGUGCAUCGCGUGCUGAGAGACAGAGAGAAAAACUUGCUGCCAGUGAAGCUGUCACACCUGCACCGCUGUAUGUUUUUCUCGUAGGUGGUAAGGAAAAAGGUCUCGCUGGUGUAUUCGCAAGACCUGUCUCUCUCUGGAAGCUCCAAUUAGCUCCGCAUAUUUUUUAAUUACUGAUACUGGUAAUAGUUUUUUUUGCUAACAGUUUUCUCAUUAUUUUGCCAACUAAUGUGUGCUGUAUUAUUUUAGAAAGUAAAUUUGUAUAAAUAAUUGAAAAUUACUUGCCAAAUAGAAACAGAGUAUUGAUAGUAUUUUUUCGGCGAAAAAUGUAACUAAAGUACCUAUUUGAGACCGUCAUACACUUGAUGAAUCGAAAUAUAUAAUUAAAUAUUUAAAAUAAUAAUCAAAUUAAACAAAGGCAAUAAAUGUAUACUUAUAUAAUUAUAAAACAUGAGAAAACUUUUAUGAUAAAUAUUUAAUCGACUUUAUAAUAUAAUAAAAAAGUAUAUAUAAAUAUAUAUCUAUGAAGAAAUUAGAUACUGUGUAUUUGUAAUAUUUGAUGUAUUUAAAGUGAUUUUAAAGCAGUAAUGAUGCAAUGUCUAUUGUCAAUUUGAAACAGAGCUAGGAAAGUAAAAUAUAUUAACAGCUGGAUAAUAUUUAAAGUAUAUGAAGAAAAUCGAUGUAUGAAUGUAUAGAAAAUUUAUAAAGCAACUCUUGGAUUUAUUUUUGCUGCCUAUUGUAGACAUACAAUUUAUAUAUUAUAUAUACUUAUAUGAUUAUGUUUGAUUCUACUAAACACGAAACACAAUACUAACAAAAAUGACUUUUUCGGGUACAUACAUGAAAUAAAGUAUAUUUGAUGAUAUAUAACGAUAUUAUUGCCAUAGAAAUAGUAUUGUUCAAAUAUUAUACAAUGAAGAUAAAAAGAAGGAAAAUUUCAAAUCAAUAUUUUCGGAUACGAUAUGCAAUUUCUUACUACGAAUUACUCGUAUUUGUAUACUUAACAAUGAUGAUUAUUAUUCUUUACAAAAAAAUAAUAAUAAUAAUAAUAAUAAUUGUACUCUUUUAAUAAUGAAACAAAAUGUAUUUAACGCGCAAAAGCUAGUUGGCUAUUAGCGCGUAGUAUUAUUAUAAUUAAUAUUGCAUUUGUUUAUCUACACAUCGGUAUUAUAAUAUAAUUGUAGUUAGUAAUUUUUACGAUAAUUAAUAUCUUUAAAUGAGGUAAAAAAAAUACAGUAUAAUUAGAGUUAUAAGUUCAUAUUGAACUCGACAUUUAUCUCAUAUUAAUUAAUUAAUUGAUCAUUUAAGUAAGAAAUUAUCUAGUAAAUAGAAUAAUUAUUUUUCACGUGUGAUUGAAAUGCCAAAUAAUGAGAUAAUGGAAAAAUAAGUUAUUCUAAUGAUUAAAGAUUAUUUUUUACGCUUCAGUUUUUUAAACGAUACAGGGUAGAGAAAAAUUAUUAUAUUUAUUCCUACAAUACGUCCAGACCAUGCGACUCGUGAAAAGUGUUAUGCGUUUGCUCAAUAUGAGAUAGUGACACACGCAUGUCAAAAUUGCACACGUCCAAUCAACCGGAUAGCAAUUUAUUGUAAUUGAUGAAUAGUCAUAGAUUGUCCAGCCAUUUAUUUGUUUAAUAUUACUAAGUUAAUUAUAAUUAUGGAUAUGUUUGUGUAGAAUUUUUAUGCCCGACGUGGCCCGAUGCAAAUGAUCCAUCCAUAAGUAGAUAGUUUUAACGGUGAUGCCCUUUUCGUUGGACACUGAAAAAAUUUUUGUUAGUAUUUAUAUUUGAACGAUUCGUUGAUUAUUAUUAUUAUUAUUAUUAUUAUUAUUAUUAUUAUUAGUUAAUAAUUAUAUUAUUUAUAGUAAAUUUUAUAUGGGAUUUAGUGCAAUUGUCUAGUUAAAUACUAAACAUAUCAUGAAUGUAUGGAAUAAUGUUAUUUGUUUUGUUACCGCCUGUAUUAGUUAAUAGUUAAUAGAUAAACUCUUAUCAGCGUCCAACUUUAAAGCUGCACCAAAUUUUAAAAAUAAUAAGUUAAGAAAAAAAAAAUAAAUCAAUGUUUUCCAUUUCCGUAGUCUCUACAGUACUUACCAAUUUUUUGUACAAAUGAUUAUGUGAAAUACAUGUUCAUAGAAUGAUUAUGAUAACUGUACUAUUGUAUGUAUAAUUAAAGUCAUUAAUCAGCAUUGCAAUCAUUUAUAUAAGUUGGAAAAAUAUAUCAGAAAAUAAUGAACUACCUAAUAUUAUCAUUGAUUUAAUGUGUACCGAAAAUAAUUGGUAUCACGGUUUGUGACCACUGUGACUAAUUUGAAUAAUAUGAUAAAAUAAAUCAGUUGGUGUUAUUUUGUCACCAAUUGUCAUUGAA